UUAUUCGUGUGUAAUCCAGUUUUCAAACAUCUCCGGCGCAAAAUCAACCACUCCUUGAUUUAUGCCCUUUCAAUUCCGCCUGAAAUUUACAAAACACGAUUGGCAAUCUUCAUACAAGCAACCUAUAAGUAUACACAUGUGUAUGCUUUUCAGUUAAUUCGUAGAAUUAAUCUUGAUAUAGAGGAAGAAAGAGGAGAUCAGGAAUGCCAGUUUCUAUUCAAAAUCCGGUUACUUUAACAUUACUCGGCGCCGUUGUCUUCCUGUUACUACAGGCGUCGGUUGUUCGAUGUGGGUUUCCGGCGACUCUCAAGUUGGAGAGAGCUUUUCCGGUGAACCACCGAAUUGAGUUGAGUCAUCUUAAAGACAGAGACAAUUUGAGACACCGUAGGAUAUUGCAACAACAGUCUCCUUCAGGAGGUGUUAUUGAUUUUCCUGUCAAAGGCACUUAUGAUCCUUAUCGCGUUGGGCUUUAUUACACGCAAGUUACAUUGGGAUCUCCUCCAAAGGAUUAUUAUGUACAAAUUGAUACAGGAAGUGAUGUGUUAUGGGUGGGUUGCAGCCCUUGCAAUGGUUGCCCUAAAUCAAGUGGACUCCAAAUUCCAGUUUCCUUCUAUGAUCCUUCAAGCUCAUCAACCUCAUCUCCAAUCUCAUGUUCAGAUCAGAGAUGUUCUCAAGCUGGUCAAUCUUCUGAUUCCAGCUGUUCAAAUGAUCAGUGUAGUUACACAUUCCAAUAUGGAGAUGGAAGUGGAACAUCAGGUUAUUAUGUAUCUGACUUGAUGCAUUUAGAAACAGUUGUUGCUGAUUCAAGAUCAUCAAAUACUUCAGCUUCUGUUGUCUUUGGCUGUAGCACAACUGAAACUGGGGAUUUGGUUAAGUCGGAUAGAGCAGUUGAUGGGAUCUUUGGAUUUGGUCAACAAGGUUUAUCCAUAAUUUCACAACUUUCUUCACAAGGGAUUGCUCCUGAUUCCUUCUCUCAUUGUCUUGUUGGAUCUGAUAAUGGUGGUGGUAUUUUAGUAAUUGGUCAAAUAAUUGAGCCAAAUAUGGUCUUUACUCCACUAGUCAAAUCACAGCCGCAUUAUAAUGUAAAUCUACAGAGUAUUUCAGUCAAUGGUCAAACAUUGUCCAUUGAUCCAUCUGUAUUUGCAAUUGAUGAUAAUCAAGGAGGAACAAUAAUUGAUUCUGGAACAACUUUAGGAUACCUUGCUGAAGGGGCUUACACCCCAUUUGUAGAUGCUAUCACACAAUCAGUUUCGCAGUCUGUUCAGCCACUUAUCUCAAAAGGAAAUCGGUGUUAUUUAAUUACUUCAAGUGUCUCCGACAUAUUUCCCAUAGUAAGUCUCAACUUUGCUGGUGGUGCUUCGAUGAAUUUAAGGCCUCAGGACUACCUUCUUCAGCAGAAUUCCGUGAAUGGGGCUGAAGUAUGGUGUAUUGGCUUUCAAACGAUUCCGAAUCAAGGAAUUACUAUUUUAGGAGAUCUUGUUCUUAAGGACAAGAUUAUCGUUUACGAUUUGGGUGGUCAAAGGAUUGGAUGGGCGGAUUAUGACUGUGAAACAAAUGUAAAUGUCUCCUCCACCUCAAGCGGCGGCAGAAGUGAAGUUGUGAACGCCGGUCAGAUUGGCGGCGUCGGCAGUUCACUGCAGAUCACCCGAUACCAACUAAUUCCGGUCCUUCUUCUUGUGUCCAUAGUACACUUGGUGGUGAUGUUUUUUGGUUUUUCAUAGUAGUAAUUAGAGUAAUUUUCAAAAAGAGUUUAAUUCUUUUUGUCCAUUUUUUUCCCACUUUUUAUCGAUUACAUACUGUUAGAGUCUAAAGUCUUGUAUGUAACAUUAUUACAUAUUUAUACACGCACACGAUAGUCUAUAUAUAUAUGAUGUACUCGUACAUAUAAAGAAAUACAAGGUUGACAUUGAUUAUAA